AUGAGCUGUGCAGCUGGUGAGCCGGGCAUUGCUCACGUCACUGGCAGACGCUCACUUUGUGCGUGGAGGUGGAGGGCGGGAGGCUGGGUGGAUGAUGAGGAGGAGGAAUGGGAGCUAUCUGAACAAAAUUUGUCUCCGUCUCCGUCUGCCUGCGUCCGUGUCUGUCCGUCCCUGUCCCUGUGUCUGCCCGCCUGUGUCUGCCUGUCCCUGUGUCUGCCCGCCUGUGUCUGCCCGCCUGUGUCUGCCCGCGUGUGUCUGCCCGCGUGUGUCUGCCCGCCUGUGUCUGCCCGCCUGUGUCUGCCCGCCUGUGUCUGCCCGCGUGUGUCUGCCCGCCUGUGUCUGCCCGCCUGUGUCUGCCCGCCUGUGUCUGCCCGCGUGUGUCUGCCCGCGUGUGUCUGCCUGUCCCUGUGUCUGCCCGCCUGUGUCUGCCCGCCUGUGUCUGCCUGUCCCUGUGUCUGCCCGCCUGUGUCUGCCCGCCUGUGUCUGCCCGCGUGUGUCUGCCCGCCUGUGUCUGCCCGCCUGUGUCUGCCCGCCUGUGUCUGCCCGCCUGUUUCUGCCUGUCCCUGUGUCUGCCCGCCUGUGUCUGCCUGUCCCUGUGUCUGCCCGCCUGUGUCUGCCUGUCCCUGUGUCUGCCCGCCUGUGUCUGCCCGCCUGUGUCUGCCUGUCCCUGUGUCUGCCCGCGUGUGUCUGCCCGCGUGUGUCUGCCCGCCUGUGUCUGCCCGCGUGUGUCUGCCCGCGUGUGUCUGCGUGUUUGUCUGCCCGCCUGUGUCUGCCCGCCUGUGUCUGCCCGCGUGUGUCUGCCCGCCUGUGUCUGCCCGCGUGUGUCUGCCCGUCCCUGUGUCUGCCCGCGUGUGUCUGCCCGCCUGUGUCUGCCCGCCUGUGUCUGUGUGUUUGUCUGCCCGCGUGUGUCUGCCCGCCUGUGUCUGCCCGCCUGUGUCUGCCCGCCUGUGUCUGCCCGCGUGUGUCUGUGUGUUUGUCUGCGUGCGUCUCUGUGCACACGGGCCGUGUGUGGACACUUCAUGA